AUGGCGACAAUUGGCAAUGUUAAGUUGCCUGACCUCAUCAACCGAUGGAUCGAAGUGCAGAAACCUGGCACUGGCUCGAAUCGCUCGGAGCCACUGAACAUUGACGUAAUCAACCUGACAUUGAUGCUGAAAUCGAUGGGCUUGCGACUAAAGUAUCUGGAUUUUGAUGCCGAAAAAGAUAACACCGACUCUAUGACAAUAAGCAUCAAGUGCAACCGUUCCGGCAUUCGAGCGGAAAUGAGUUACGAUCUUCAGCAGCCCGGCUGCGGCUGCCCGGAGAAAACGGAUCGCGAUAGUUCCUUCUGGGAGGUGCAGGCAACGGGGCCGACGGUGUUUUCGAAGUUUAAAAACAACACCUCCUCCAACCUCCUGCCGGACGUAUCGGAACGCUGUGCUGUUGUGUCGAAGGCGAUGCUAUCGAAUCUUCUGGAAUUUUAUCAAGCCAGCAUUAGACAGGUGAAGGACGGCAAGGAGCGUCCCAUGCUCAAAUCGCCACUCAAGAACCCGGAACCGACCGUGUGUGUGACGAGCCCGGGGCUAACGAUAAAAGCUCCAUUCUCGACACCGCCUGCGGAAGGUAAAUGCACCUCAAGGCUGAGUCUUUCGGAGAGACAAUCGGCAACACCCAUCGAGGGGAUUGCGCCAGGGAAGGAAGAGGCGAGAAAGCAGGACACAAAAAGCGAACCAUCGCCAGGAUGCUCGAACGAGUGUAAAUCAAACAAUUCGUCGGACAGUGUUGGCAUCAAUAAUAAAACUCACGAUAUAGUUAACUCGGAACAUCACGCCCACAAACCGGUGGUCGAACCGAUCCACACGUCCACCGCCAGCGUGCCGGAUGAGAACGUGUUUGCCUGCAAUGAGGCCAUGAAGACGGUGAUUACUUCAAGCCCGGUGGCCCGAAAACCGGGGUCCACGUUGCAGGACACGCUCGACAUACAGCACGAUCGCGAUGCGAAUGUGAUCAACUAUUUGCACCAAGCACGGUCUCAGAUCGAUAUGGCGCUAAUGCUGAUGAAACUCAACACUACUCAGGACAUUUCCAAUGGCUCGGGACACACCAUGACCCCGCGCCACGUAACGGCGAUCUCUCGCAAACCGCUUUUGACACCAAAGAUUCAACAAACCCGUUCCAGCUCACUACUGAGCAUCGAACGCCGUCGGGUUCUUGCUGCGGUGGACAUGGGCGUGAAGAAAAAACUCGCAUCGACUUCCUCACUAGGUUCUACGCCGAGGGUGGCAAGUGGAACGAUCGCAGCACGGGCCGAUACACCGCGCCCUACGAUACCCCAUAUGAAAUCCGUCGCAGCUCUACGCCGAACGGCCACGAUGCCAUCGACGAGUGUCGGAAGCGUGCAACAAACGGUCCACCGCUCUAAAUUGACAACGGCCACUGGAACCGCUGCUGGUGGUGGAACACCUUCCGGACAGCGAAAGUUCCUUCAGCCAAGCACUCCGGUGAUCGUGCCGGCAAAGCCACUGCCAAGACCACCAAUUUCGAUACGUGUGGCGUCCAGUGCCGGGACGAAGGCUGGCCUAAUUCAGCGAUCAUCAAGCGCAUCGUACAUUAGCAAAAAAUAG